UUAUGCCAGUUGCAGCUGGCCAUUGCUAGCAGUGCUCUCUACUUGGGUUACAUUUAGUUUUUUGUUUUUUACUUUCAUAUUUUCAAAAAAAAAAAAAUUAAUUAAGUUAAAUUUUUAUUUAUCAUAUUAUGAUGAAAUUUUUUAAUUGUUGUUGUUAAUUAAUUUUAUAAAAAAUUUUAUUCAGGAACUACGAAUUUAUCUUCAAAUUAUUAUAUGUUAAAAUAAUGUCUGAAAAAGAAUUGACUAAAUAUCAAUUUCUCAGUCUUUUGGGUCUCCAUGCUAUUAGUCCAGGGCCAACUUGUGAUUUACCAAAGAUUUAUUUUGUAUCAACAACACCAAUUAUAGAUCUAUCUGAUAAAAAUAAUAGCAUUAAGACUGGGUAUGAAAAUUUCUUAAUCAAGAAAGGAUCACUAAAACUUUUACCUUUCAAAGAUUUUGAUUUUGUUGGUAAGAAUGUAGUUUGUCAAAAGUGUUGUCAAAAAUUUGCUUCUAAAAUGUCGUAUCGAGCUCAUAUUGGAACUGAUAUUUGUACAAGAACUUACAAUGGACCUAAUCUUAUUUAUUUGAAUUACAAGUAUAAACAUGGAAGACAAAGACGUAAACAAAAAUCUAAAAGCAAAUUUAUAGAAGAAUUAAGUGGUCAUCAAAAUAAAAAAAAUUUGUUGAAUCCUGAAUUAUUGAAUACAUUACAAACAAGAAAUAAUUGUUAUUCUGAUAUUGUUCAUCAACGUGUGAAAAAUAAAAAUAAAAAUAAUUCUAGUACAGAUGAUCCUACUUUAAAAAAACCAAGAGGAAGACCUAGAAAAGUUAUUGUGGAAAAAUCUGUUAAAAAGAGAGGAAGGCCUAGAAAAGUUAUUCCAAUUGAAAAUUCUAAAAAUGUACUAUUUAAAGAAAAUUCUCCUAAUACAGAUGAUGCUGUCAAUAAUAAUUUAACAGCGUUUAAAAAGCAGCUCUCUUUGAAAGUUAAAACAUUAACUGAUAAAUUUUGGUCUGUAGCUGGUAAAGAGUUGAGAUUUGAUAAAGAUAUAAAAGAAUAUAAUUGGCUUAUAGAAUACUAUCAAAAUAAUACGUCUCAUAAAGAAGAAGUUAAAAAUUCUUUAUUGGAAAAAUACUUGAUAACUAGUAUAGAAAAUUUAGAAAAAGAAGUUCGAGGACUUUCAAAUGAAUUAGAAAGUAUUGAUGAGUCUGAACAUAAAGAAAAACUAGCUCUAAUGCUUACAAAACUUAUUGAAAGACGUAAAGAGUUAACAAGUAAUAGUAAAGAAAAAAUUGAACCAAGUAAUGAAUUAUUUGUAAUUAAAAAUAAAGAAAACUUCCAUCACAAGGACAUGUUAACAGAUAAAUUGACAGUAGUAAAUAAAAAUAUUGGUGUUUGGUUAACUGAAAACAUUAGUGAAGUAGAAACAAUAACAUUAAGUGAUGAAUCUGAUUCUAUUGAAAUUUCUAAUCAUAAAAAUGAAUCUUGCCUUUCUAAUAUGCAUGAUGAUAAAAAUGUAAAAUCUCCAAAUAAAUGUAUAAAUUUUAUAACUAACCAUAGAAAAAAUGUAGAAAUUAAUUAUUUAAAAAAUUCUACAUUAGAAUGCAAAGAAUGUAAUAAAGUGUUUGCUUCAAUUGCUGAAUGGAAAAUGCAUCAGACUGAACAUUCAGGUUUAAAUAAUAAGCAAUUCUUGUGUAAAAUAUGUGGUCUCAAAUUUAAAAUGUAUAAAAAUUUUAAAAAACAUCAAAUUAUUCAUGAACAAACAGAACGUAAAUAUUUAGAUAAUAAUAAAAAUAAUUAUUUGAAGAAUUUAAAGUGCAAACUUUGUAAUAGACAGUAUAACUAUUUACGAUCAUAUUAUGCUCACAUUAAAACUCAUUACAAGUAAAAUGUGUGUAUAUUUUUAAUCUCUUAAUUUAUUUUGCUUCGUUUCAUAUAUUUUAAUGUUUUCAAAACAUAUUUUUGAAUUGUUAACCAUAUCAUUUCAAUGGAACUUUUGUUUACUUAUAUUUUUAUAAUGUGCUACUCACAUUUAUUUUUAUAAAUAAGAAUCCUUUAAAUUGAUGAAAUUAAAAUAAUUUUUAUUUAUCAUUUACUACAUGUACAU